GGGCUUCGCGGCGCGUGGCUGGCGACGCUCCCCCUCGCUCGCAUCAAGGCCCAAAACAAACUGAGAAAACGCCACAAUUCUUCUUAAUUCCUGCAGAUUUUGAAGACCUAUAUUGAUGACGCAUCUUUAGAAAGCAUUGGGAAGGAUUCCAACAUCUUCUGAUCAAGAAAUAUUGUUUUAUAGUAGAGGAAAUAUGAGGAAAUAACAGGAAGAGGUGACGCCAGAGGCCAAUUAAAGAUGGAAUCAGAAAAGCUGUUUCGUCGAGAACCUCCUAAUGUAAGGAAGGAAGAAGGAGGUGGGGACAGUCGCAGAAAUUUGGAUGAUGACACUAAGGAGAAGGAUUUGCCACAGAAAGGAGGGGAUGGCAAUAUUAGAGCACCACUUGGAAUGCGAAAGCAAAGACCAAUGGACCGCCUGUUCACAGUUAGUGUGGAGUCAAUAAUGGAAGCUGAAGAAUUUUUUCGAGGGGAAACUCAAGGAAACAAAGAAGAGAGUAUAUUAGAAGAAACAGAAGACGUGGUGGAAGAGCCUGAGAAUUACACAGAUGCAGAAGAAAAAUUGAGUGAAACAGAGGAGGACGACUUAGUCACAGAAUCUGAGGAGAAUCACAUUGAGGAGGAACCAGAAAAGGCCAAGCCAAAAGGCCUGGUGGAAAUGUUCAACGAAUACCUAGAAAGCAUGUUCUCUACACACGAAGAACAGGAUGAAGAGAUUGAGGAGGAACUGUCAGCUAUGUUCAAUCUCCUGUGGAAGAUCUUGUCUGGGACAAUGGGCCUGAUUGCCAUUUUUGUCAUCGUUACAAAGUAUCCAGUUUAUCUGCACACCCUUCAUGAAAAUCAGCUGUGGUUUUCUAACAUCAAGGAAGUGGAGAGAGAGAUAUCCUUCCGCACAGAGCAAGGGCUCUAUUAUUCAUACUACAAGCAGAUAUUAGAUGCCCCAACACUAGCUCUGGGAUAUGACCAACUAAAGGUAGACAACAGGACAGAAAAUGGUCGCACAAUCAACAUUUUCCACAGGUUUAAUAUUUUGCCUGAGGUUGUUCUCAGUGCUGUUCAUAGAUGGCUCACUCUUCAAGUUUCACCCAUCUUCUUCUAUGUAUGGACUGUGUUUGGCCUCCAUGGUGUGUUUUUAGCAGGCUUGUAUAUUACAUCAUGGUAUCUCAGUGGUUCCAUACUUGGAGGAGCCUUGACUGCUAUUUUUUAUAUUGUUCAUAGGGUAGACACAACAAGAGUCAACUAUACUAUUCCUCUUCGAGAGAGCUUUGCUGUCCCCCUACUGUUCCUGCAGAUCCUGAUGAUAUGCACAUUUUUAAGAUCAAGUAAAUGGCAGAUUGUCAAAUUAGCUACCAUUCUGUUGCUUACACUGAGCUUCUUACUGAGCUGGCAAUUUGGACCCUUUGUUCUCCUCUGUCAACUGGUUUGUAUGGUGGCUCUGUGUCGUCUGCAUCUGUUGCAACAAGAAAAGGUUCAGAGGUUGAUCUUAGCAAUUGGCACAUCGCUCCUGGUUUCAAGCUUUGUGCAAGGCCACCCACCCAUGAUAAUAUCAUCACCAGUACUAUCAAUGAUCAUCCCAGCUUUUACCUUAUCCUUGUCCCCCCUCUAUGGCAAGAACAGGGGACUUGUCUCAAAAGUUGCAAUUGCUGUAGCUGAGGUGUUUGGUAUGCUCAUGGUGACUCUGCUGAUCAAUUUUUUGGUGAAGGAUUUUCUCCAUAUAGAUGCAGACUCACAUGUGUACCAGUUACUCUUGGCAAAACUGCAGAUGGGUGACCCUCGCAAUUUUGACUCUCGCCUUUACAUGUGUAACGAGGCAUUUCACUACUUGGAUGUGGAAACCCUGGGAAGGCUUACUGAAAGUGGCCUCCUUCCAUUGUAUUGCUUUUGUGUCCUCAUAUAUGGAUAUUCAAUGUUAAGCUGUACUGCAAAGCCAAAGAAUAUGACAGAAAACCAAAGCACUCUCCAUAGAAGUAGUUCUUGCAGUAAUAAGGAAAGAACACUAAAUGAAGAUCAGAAGCAAUUCAAAAGUCAAGAUAACUGUAUAAUGAGGAAGCAAGAGAAUAUAGAGACUUUGAACUCAGAAAAGAGUUGGGAAUUCCAAAACUUAUCGCACACAGAAGAGAAUGGAAUCAGUGGAAACUUGAGCAGUGUAUUAAAUGGUGAAGUAAGGAGAGAGACCAGCCUGAAGCACUGCGGUGAAGAGGAAAGCUAUGGCAUAAUUUCAGACCGCCCAGAUAUAGCCUUCUUCUUGGGUCUCUCGGUUGUGAUGGGUGUCCUUGCUCUGCUGAUCCUGCGGCUGAAAGUGCUCUGGCUGCCGAUGGUGUGUGUUCUGAGUGGAGUUAUUGUAAGUGACAUGCAACUUUAUAAUGCAGUCUUCAGGUCAAUUGGCAAGUUGUCAUCUCUUCCCUCCUGGCUACCAGAAUAUAGCAAGAUGGGCAUCUGCUUUGGCCUCAUAGCCUUCCUGGUGCAAAAGUACUGGAGCCAGGUAUCUGCAGAGAUUUGGCCCGAAGAAAUGUAUGAGUUCUGGGAUCCAGACACAGUGGAACUCAUGGAAUGGAUCCAGAAUUUCACUCCCCCCACAGCUGUGUUUGCUGGUUCCAUGCAGCUGUUGGCAGGUGUCAAGCUUUGCACUAACAGGCACAUCACAAACCACCCACACUAUGAGGAUGGCUGGCUAAGGAACCGCACACACCAGGUAUAUCAGAUUUAUGGUCGUUCAUCCCCAGAAGUGGUCCACAGUGUUUUAAAGGCAGUAGGUGCCACACAUAUAAUCUUAGAGGAUAGUAUUUGUAUGGCACCUCCCAAUACCAAGCAUCCACUGUGUAGACUCACAGACAUUGUAGAUCUUCAUUAUGGACAUGUUCCUGAGGAUGGUCAAAUCAGCAUACCAGGCUUGAAGAUGCCACAAUAUGGAAGAUUCUGUGAUAUCAUAAGAUACAACACACCACAUUACAGUCGUCUGUUCUCACUUGUCAUGAAUAAUAAGACAUUUAGGGUUUACAGAGUUGCAAGUACUUAGCAUUGCUGGUAAAUCAACCUCAUAUUUUGUAAGUAUGAAAGACCUCAAAUAUGUACAAAGAAUGAUACUCUGUAAAUUUUUAGAUCUGUCUUAGAGUCAUAUUCCCAUGUGUGGCAAAAAACCUAGUCAAGAAUAAGUUCCAAAGAGCAGAGAAAAAGGUUUAUGAAAGUCCAUCUUUGAACUAAUUAGUACCGUUUGCAGUAAAGCAUUAUUGAUUGCAGAAUUUAGACUUGGACUAUUAUAAAAACUUUCUUAGAAAGAUUGCA